UCCUUUUUAUUAUUCCUUCCCCAUUAAGAUAAACCAACAAUAAAUAUAAAAUAUAUAUAAAUAAAGAAACAUAAUUACACAAAUCUUGAAACACAACAAUAUACAUCGCGUAAUUUCAAAACGGAUCAAUUCCAUUCUUAAAGGCGGCCAGAAGGAGAAGAAAAAAAGUUUUUUUGGGUUGAAUAUUUUGUCAAAAUUUACAGAGGUUUUUAGAGAUGAAGAUCACAGCGUUGAUGGUGUUGAAAUGCAUUCCAGAAGGUUCGGAUCCAGUGAUCUUAGCGAACGCAUCUGAUGUGAGCCAUUUCGGGUAUUUUCAGAGAUCCAGCGUUAAGGAAUUCAUCGUUUUCGUGGGUCGGACCGUCGCUAAACGGAACCCGCCGGGCCAACGCCAAUCCGUUCAGCAUGAAGAAUACAAGGUACAUUCAUACAAUCGAAAUGGUUUGUGUGCUCUGGGUUUCAUGGAUGAUCACUAUCCAGUUCGAAGUGCAUUUUCACUGCUCAACCAGGUUCUGGAUGAGUAUCUAAAGAAUUUUGGUGAGUCAUGGAAAACCGUGCAAAGCGACAAUGCUCAACCAUGGCCUUAUCUGAAUGAAGCUCUAGCCAAAUUUCAGGAUCCUGCUGAGGCUGAUAAGCUGUUCAAAAUUCAGAGAGAGUUGGAUGAAACUAAAAUUAUUCUCCAUAAGACAAUUGACAGUGUCUUAGAACGGGGUGAGAAGCUAGACAGUUUGGUUGAGAAGAGUUCAGAUCUAAGUGCUGCUUCACAGAUGUUCUACAAGCAGGCGAAGAAAACCAAUUCAUGCUGUACUAUCUUAUAGAUGAUUUCAGAAGAAAGGGGGGAUAUUCUAUCACGGACAAACUCGUGUCUAUGUUAUAUAUAAAGUAUCAGAGAAUUGUUUGUUUAUACCAUCUAUGAUUUCUGUAAGCUCGAAUUCUUUUGGUUCUCUGCUGUAAUAUGAUCUCAGAUGAAGAGAAGGGUUUCAGUUUCAGAUUGAUAUGUCGUUUGAAAGUUGUGAUGUCACCUAAAUAUAGUUAUCUGAUAAGUUUCUCGAUGGCUAUUGGCUUCCUGUUA